AUGACCAAUGAUGAACGGCUUUCAAGUUUAUCAUCCUUGGCAAUUGAAGAAAAUCUACUGGGUGAUGUGGCAAAGGAUCCAACUUUUGUAGAUAGUGUUAUUGACGAGUUUGCCGAUAAAAAAGAUCGCAGAAUUGAAUUAGUUUAUAAACAAAUUUAG